AUGAAUGGACCCUCCCUCCAGCCCGCCUCGUCCUCCGCCGUCCCGGCUGCGCCCCCGGCCCCCGCGGCCCCCGCAGCCCGGGGCUGGAGCGAGUUCUGUGAGCUGCACGCGGUGGCCGCCGCCCGGGAGCUGGCCCGCCAGUACUGGCUCUUCGCCCGCGACCACCCGCACCUGGCGCCGCUGCGUGCCGAGCUCGUCUCGCUGCAGUUCACCGACCUCUUCCAGCGCUACUUCUGCCGCGAGGUGCGCGAGGGCCGUGCGUCCGGGCCCCCUGCGCGGGACUACCGCGAGACCGGCCGCGGGGCCCCCACCAAAGCCGAGGGCUCCCCCAGGCCCGCGCGUGCGCCUGCGCUGCCCAAGGCGCGCAGCUCGGAGGAGCUGGCCUCGCCCGGGCCCUGCGCGCUCCAGCACCUGCGCCGCAGCCUGCGUCACAUCUUUCGGCGCCCGGCGGCGGGGGCCCCUGGAGGUGCUGGGGCCUGUGCUGCUGGCGAGGCUGGAGGUGCCCCGGCCAGGCCUGGCCCGGCCCGGAAGCUCCUGCCCUGGAGCCUCUCCCGGGAGCCGCCACCAGAGGCGGUCAAGGAGACGACGCUGCGCUACAGCCUGGCGGACGAGGCCUCCAUGGACAGUGGGGCGCGCUGGCAGCGUGGGCGCCUGGCCCUGCGGGGCGCGUGCAGUCCAGACGACCGCAUAUUGGAGCUCUUCGACCCGCCCAAAAGUUCCAAGCCCAAGCUGCAGACGACCUGUUCCAGCGUGCAGGAGGUGCGCUGCUGCACCCGUCUGGAGAUGCCCGACAACCUGCACACCUUCGUGCUCAAGGUCAAGGACCACACGGACAUCAUCUUUGAAGUGGACGACGAGCAGCAGCUCGACGCGUGGAUGGUGGCACUGCAGGACUGCACGGGCCAAGGGCAGGCCAGUGAUGAGCCUUCAGCCCUGGAGGUGGGCGGGUCCAGCUCCCCAGGGGGCAGCACAGACUCUCUGAGCCCAGGUGCAUCCCUGGGGGUCCCCCUGGAGCCGGCCUGCCCAAAGACCGACCGCUUCCUGGCCUGCUACCCCUGGUUCCACGGGCCGGUGUCGCGCGUGCGGGCGGCGCAGCUGGUGCAGGUGCGGGGCGCAGCGGCGCACGGCGUGUUCCUGGUGCGCCGGAGUGAGACGCGGCGCGGCGAGUACGUGCUCACCUUCAACUGCCAGGGCGUCGCCAAGCACCUGCGCCUGUCUCUGAGCGAGCGUGGCCAGUGCCGCGUGCAGCACCUGCGCUUCCCCUCGGUGCUGGACAUGCUGCACCACUUCCAGCGCGCGCCCAUCCCACUCGAGUGCGGCGCCGCCUGCGACGUCCGCCUGUCCAGCUACGUGGUGGUCGUCUCCCAGGCACCAGGUGCGGGCAGCACCGUGCUCUUCCCGUUCUCCCUGCCUCGCUGGGACUCGGAGCCGGGCCUCCUGCACCUGGGCUCCCCGACCUGUGCACAGGCACUGGGCCCCGAGGGGGCUGCUGGCCGGGCCUCGCCCCCGGAGCAGAUCUUCCACCGGGUGCCUUCGCCUGAGGAGCUGGCCGACAGCCUGCGGCUCCUGGAGCCAGGGUCCAGCGUGCAGGCUGGGGACGCCGACUAUGAGCUGGAUGCAUCCUCGCAGAGACAUUUGCGGGCCAUCGACAAUCAGUACACCCCCCUCUGA